AUGGGUCCCGAAAGAAUAAAUUCCGAUUACAAACCGAGACGAAUUUGUCUCAAGCCGGACGCAAAUAAUGUUGUAACGAGACUCUCGGGCGAAUCAAAAGCCAAGCUCAUCCCACGUAUUUCACCCAAAGCCCGUCCCUUUUCGCCCGGUUCGAGAAUAUCGGCUUUUGGUGGUCAUAGGCUUUUGGUGUACGAGUUCAUGCCGAAGGGUAGUUUGGUAAAUCAUCUAUUCAAGAAUAAAAUCGUUGUGUAUUUUAAUCAAAUAUUAAAAAAUGGUACCACGUAUAGGUACGUGAGGAAUUACGCGUGGGGAGACGCGGCGUCGUUUCGAACCCUAGGCGGCUUAAUGUUGUAUUUGAACGAGCUGCUGGGAGCUCUGUAUGAGCUGAUCCGAAUCGAGUUGGACGCGGAGAGGGUCGCCUGGAUCGGUCGGAAUUACAAGAAAGCCCUUGGUGUCUCGAAGUCGAUCUUUGCUCGGCUGCUCACUGUUUUUUGUCAAUCCGGGCCAUUGCGCAAAGCUGUGGAAGUUUUGCAGCAAGAAGUUUUGGAGGGUGGUUUGCUGAAAUAUUGUCUUGAGUUGGGUUCUAAUGAUCUCAAGGGCUUGAUACAAGUUGUUAAGGACAUUGCCUUCCAAUAUUCCUCAUGCUCUUCCAAAACCGACUUGUGA